AUGGUUGACAGAAGGGCUAAUAGCGGAACUUCUGGCGGAAAUCGAAGAUCUGCAGCACGGCCUACUUCCUCUUUUGGUAGUGUGCUUCGUGCAAAGUCAAAGCAACCUCAGUUCUAUUGGUUUUUAGCCAAUGCAUUCUGCCUAUACUACUAUGUUCAAUACAUGCUUUCAUUCCGUGAACAUAGUAUAAAGACUAAUCACCGAAAGAUCUUAAUAUGCAUGGUUAUCAGUUAUGGUAUUGUCCUCCAUCAAUAUGUAAAAUCAAAACAACUCACCUUUCAAUGGGCUAACUUAAAACAGCAAAUCAGGCAGUUGGAUAACCUUCAAUAUUUUACCUUAUCGGUGGUGCUUUUAACAUGCUCACUGGGUGGUGGUAAAACUUUAUCAGGAACUGAAUCGUCAAUGGCUAUCUACUCUUUAUUCCAUGCAUUGAACUACUUCAAAGAGAAUGUUUUGCCUUUUAUUCCAAUCAACCCGAUGCUAAAAGGCUCAUUGUCAAAUAAAAUUACAAGCUUUAUCACAACAUACAACGCUGCAUUUUUCCAGGUAGCUGUAUCAUUGGAAUUAGGAGCAAUGUUCAAGUGGUUCCCAACACUUCCUAUACGGCUGCUCGUCCUUCUGGUCAGAUUCGAUGCAAGUAGCUUGUUUACCCUCUUAUCCAUUUGGACUUAUGCUACUUUCUUCAAAUUAAGAUACAAUCAAAGCGAGCAAAUGAGAAUAUUAUGCAAUGAACGCCAAGUCGCCCUCGAGCAACUUAUUGCAACUCGUGUGCCUGCUCUUAUGGACAAAUAUUUGGGCGUUAAACAUUUGGCGAAAGUCUUUUUUGAUAGAAUCCCUGCCUGA